CGUUCUCUGGAAAGAAAAACAACGGUGCUCCAUUUAAUCGUUCGAUCGACGGGGAUGUAUAGUGUUUACGCAGCCCCGUGUCGCAAACAUUCAUUUUUCCGAGUGGAAUAAAAAUGCACGACCUCGUUCCGGUGAAGUACAUUGUAAAAUACGGCGAGUGCAAACAAUGGCGGUGAAUUAAGUAUCACGAACGAGAGCCUGGACGGGGAUGACAGGGGCGGGAGAAUGUCCCCGAUUCAUUAAACACUGUUGAUACUUCACCGAGAGCUGAAUUCGUCAGUUUUCCAGCGGUGCUUUCUCUGUCGCGGAAUUAGUCAGCGGAGGAAAUGGCGGUUUAUUUCGGGCCGAUCUGAAAAUACGCGCACACGUCCCGCCCCAGAGGCUCAGUUCUCGAACCGACGAGAUAGGACCAUGGCUCUUAAAGACUGGCUGCUCUCAACGAUCGCGAUUACGAUCUUGAUAGGAAUAUCAUCCGUCUCUGCUUGGAACCCGGAUAUACACCGCUACGAAAGCUACGACCUGGACAGAGGUCCGGUGUUCUACGAAGCCUAUUAUCCGGACAAUAACGACGAGUCCCAUGGGAAUUACCAAGAGAAACGGUACUUCGAUCGCGAGGCGGUCUUGGAGAAGACGUACCAAGUGCCGUCCCAGCAUUUGUCGUACCCGGAAAGGACCGUUCGACUGGGGAUCCCGCAGGACCAAGCAGGCGAUCCUCCGCAGGAGGUUCGUCUACCGACGGAGACACGGGACCAGCCUCUGGACAUCAAGGAGAUAUCGAACCUGGCCAGACGAGCAAUCUCCCGCGACCUGGAGAACUGGAACACGCUGGAGAACUAUUUGGACCGUGCCAAAUACCAGGAUUCCCCGUAUCGUCGGAGGAUCGUGAUUCCCGAGCCGAGGUACGGGGCCCAGGAACCGAAUCGAGGGAUUGGAACGGGUCCGCAGAACACGUUCGAAGAUCGACGAGACUUCAGCCGCGACUUGUACGAGGAAGUUCGGGAAGAACCGUUUCGAAGGGUGCCGGAAGCGAUGAGGAGAGUAUCCGCCAGGGAUCUAACUGGAAGGGACGCCGUGGAGAACUUCGGAUCGGUUCGGUAUCAAGAUCAAGAUCCCGAGGACGUUGCCAGGCUCCGAGGAGCGAGAGACAGCGUGCCGUUGAUGAGAGACACGCCGGAUCAAAGGGUCGUGGACUCUUUUCCGCCGGAGAACAUCUUUGCCCCGCGUCCUCAGGUUAUCAAUUACAUCUUCUCGAAGAAACCGAUUGUAUCUGCGGAGAGUGGUAAUCAGAUUGGUUCCGAGACGAAGGAGGAGAAGCCCUUGCCUAGAAAUUAUGGGGAUAAUCUUAUUCAAGAGGAGAUGAAGAAGCAAGAGGGGAAGGAUGUGAAGGUCACUUCGAUCGAGGUCAGCGAGGUACCCAGACACAAGACCAGGCAUCAUCAUGGCGAAUGGCCGAAGCGGGAUUAUUCGAAACGACAGCAGCAGUGAAGAUCCACAAUUGAAGUUAUUAUAAUUAUCUGCUAGGAGAUUAACGCUGAGGAGAAGUUUCAGGGGCCUGAAUCUUUGAGGGUUCUACGGGGUUGGUUGCUGUGAACAGGACUGCAAGGGUGACUUUGCGCCUAGUGGACAAAAUGGGGGGAAAUUAAUGUAUGAUAAAAAAUUUGUAUCGCAUUUGAUAUUGUGUUGAAAUUGCAGUGGUUUUUUGUGUUCAUACAAUGAGAUCGGUGAGGAGGAAGUAGUUAAUUGGUUUAUCGAAGUUAUUGAGAGACCCUACCUAUCUCCUGCUUUGAUUGCUUUAUGUCUACGUCGCUUUUUUGUAAGAGAAAUUUUCCUACGGAAAGAGUCUUCAAGCACCUGUGGAAGCAGUUCGAAAUAAUGAGGAAUGAGGGAAGAGAUAAAGGGUGAGAUAACGGGAUCACAAAAUGGAAGAUAGGAAUAGAAAAAGGAUCACUAUGAGAUACGAAGAAAAGAUAACGACCAGAGGAGAUAGAAUAUCUAGGACAGUAGGGAUCUAUUAUAACGGGAUUUAGGAAGGAAUUUUCAAAGGUCUCCUUGCCCUUAUGUCAUGCAAAUAAAAUUUAUUUAUUAUUA